AUGUACGACUCUCUCAUGGACCAUUUCGCACAGUCUAAGCCUCAGAAAAUAUCCCGGAAGGACCGCAAAGAAGCGGAAAUCUCAAUGCGAUCGUCGCCGUCAAGUUCGUGCUCGCUACAGGAAACAGAGAAGUCGAAAUGGAAACCGACAACGAAAGAGCUCUGGAUCAUGAUCACUUGCGCACUCAGCUCUCUGGUUGUCGCCUUGGAUGCAACAAUACUCGUCCCUGUACUCCCGACAUUAGCAGUCGAGCUCCAUGGAACAUCAACACAAACAUUUUGGACUGGCACAGCAUACCUCUUAUCCCAUGCUGUAUUGCAACCCUUCAUCGCCACAUUGUCCGAUCUCUUUGGUCGACGAGAGGCAUUAGCUCCCUCGAUCCUGUUAUUUGCUGCUGGUUCAGUCAUUUGUGGAGUUGCUCACAACUUCGCUGUCAUGUUGGCAGGCCGUGUCGUUCAAGGGUGUGGAGGCGCUGGAAUCAUCACUUUAUCGCAGCUGAUCUUUGCUGAUCUUGUGCCGCUCCGACAACGACCGCAGUGGUUUGCGAUGGUUCUAGCUAGCUGGGCCAUCGGCACCCUUGUAGGACCUCUGAUAGGUGGGCUGCUUGUCGAGAAUGCCACCUGGAGAUGGUGCUUUUGGCUGAACCUACCUAUCUGCGGUCUCACCUUCCCGAUGGCUGUCUUCUUUCUAUCUGAGUUGACAAGACCAGAAGAUAGCUCCACUGCUACGCUUGCGUCCGUUGACUGGAUCGGGAGCAUUUUGUUUGCCUGCAGUCUUACCUGGUUCCUCGUCGCUAUCUCAUGGGCAGGCAUUCACUUCGAUUGGUCUUCCUGGCAAACGAUUGUUCCACUCGUUGUUGGUGCGGCUGGCAUCAUGAUCACCAUCGGGUACGAGGCCAAGCUCGCAAAGUUCCCGUUCUUGAGACGAGGUUGCUUCUCGAGCAUUAGCACCAAUGCUUGUUACGUCGCUGCCAUGCUCCAUGGUCUCACGCUCUACAUGGCACUGUACUAUGUCAGCUUUUACUUUUCCUCUGUCAAAUUCUACGGUGCAGUUCGAACAGGCACCUCACUCUUUCCAGCGACAGCCUUGAUGCUGCCAGGCUCGGCCAUUGUCUCUGCCCUUAUCACACGUUUUGGCAGGUUCCGUUGGGCUAUAUGGGUCGGCUACACGCUUUCAACAAUUGCGGUUGGGUUAUUCAUCCUUUGGAACCACGAUACUCCGACUUGGUUGUGGGCAUUCAGCCUCAGUCUCCUAGGUUUGGGCAUGGGCAUGAUAUUGUCUUCUGUCAACUUCUCAAUUCAAGCGUCCGUUGAGCCCGAGGAUGCAGGUCAAGCUGCUGCGAUGUACGCCUUCGUACGUUCAGUAGGCAUGACCAUCGGCGUCGCUGUCGGCGGCACUGUCUUCCAGAAUGAAAUGAAACGAAAGCUAAGGAGCUUGGGUGUUCAAAACGCUACAGAAUUGGCUAAGGAGGCUGAGGAGUUCAUCCAUCAAUUGUCUGCCAUGGCUAUGACUGGUUCAGAGGGCGAAUUGAGAAGGCGCAUUUUGGAUGGCUAUGUCGCUGGUUUCAGAGGUGUUUGGUUUACUAUGACUUCUCUUGCUGGUGCAGGUCUGGUGGUGAGUUUGUUGAUCAAGAAAGGCAAUUUGGACAGUGUUUUGAAAAGCAGAUUUCGUGUCAGAAGGGACGAUGUGGUUUGA